AUUUAAAACUUAGAAGCAACAACAUCCUUGUACCUCUUUCAUUCUUAUUUUGCCUUUGCCCGCGUAUGUAUAAUAUACCAACAUUUUUUCCUUCUGGUUGUUGGUACCAAGCAAAUGAUAAAAAAAAUCUCAGUGUAAGUAUGCUAGUAACUGCCAAGGUUUGCUGAAUCUGUAUUCGCUCAAUUUAAAGAGGCAACAGGUGACUUCAUCUCAUAUUAGACGACAGAAACAAUGGCAAUGCAGGGUUGUUAUUGUCACUAUACGAAGUUGGCAACUCAAAGAAGAACACUGGAAAAUCUCAGUUUUUCAGGCUCAAUUUCGGUUAACAAAUUGUCAAAGAAUGAAAGGACCAGAACAUGUGAUCCAUUAUCAGCAGGGAACAAUCAAUUUCAUAGGUUACUGGUGAAAAUGCGGCAGACAGAAAUGCCUGCCUCGAAGUAUGGAACAAAUGGUAAAGCUGUUAGAAUGGUAGGGACAAAUGAGUUAGUGAAAAGAAAGAGAAUGUUAGAGAAUAAGGUGUUGAAUGGUUCAGCAACUUCAAAGGUAGUGAGAAAAAAUGGUAUCACAGGCUUGAACAAGACAGUGAAAUCUAGAAGGUCAUUGGAAGAGCUAAAGGUUUUAGCCACAGAUGAAGGUUUCAGUUGGGCCAAUGAAAAUUACAGUUCCUGGCAGAGGUCUAUUGAUGUUUGGUCUUUUGUGGCUUCUUUACGCAUUCGGAUUAUGUUGGACAAUGCAAAAUGGACAUAUUUCGGAGGUUUCACAGAGGCAAAGCAGAAAAGCAGAAGGCGGAAAACUGCCUCGUGGUUAAGGAAGUGUGUAUUGCAGCUUGGUCCAACUUUCAUUAAACUUGGUCAGUUAUCAUCAACAAGGUCAGAUCUAUUUCCACGUGAAUUUGUGGAUGAGCUCGCAAAAUUACAGGACAUGGUUCCUGCCUUCUCUCCUAAGAAAGCAAGAAAAUUCAUCGAGAGUGAAUUGGGAGCUCCCAUUAACAUAUUAUUUGAGGAGUUUGAAGAUCGGCCAAUUGCUGCUGCUAGUCUCGGUCAGGUUCAUCGUGCUAUUCUGCAUAAUGGGGAAAAAGUAGUCAUCAAAGUUCAAAGGCCUGGUCUGAAGAAGCUUUUCGACAUUGAUUUGAAAAACUUAAAGUUGAUUGCAGAGUAUUUUCAGAGAAGUGAAACUUUUGGUGGUCCACUUAGAGAUUGGAUUGGAAUAUAUGAAGAAUGUAAAACUAUUUUGUAUCAAGAAAUUGAUUAUAUAAAUGAAGGAAAGAAUGCUGACAGAUUCCGCCGAGAUUUUAGAAACAUAAAGUGGGUUCGGAUACCUCUGGUAUAUUGGGAUUAUACUGCUUUAAAGGUGUUGACCAUGGAGUAUGUACCAGGCAUCAAAAUAGACCAGGUGGAUACAUUAACUUCGCGUGGUUAUGAUCGAUUGCGUAUCUCAUCACGUGCUACGGAGGCGUACCUGAUUCAGAUAUUGAAAACAGGUUUCUUUCAUGCCGAUCCUCAUCCUGGAAAUCUUGCUAUUGAUGUGGACGAAGCAAUUAUUUAUUAUGACUUUGGCAUGAUGGGACAGAUCAAAUCUUUUACCCGGGAGAGACUGCUUGAACUUUUCUAUGCCAUAUAUGAAAAGGAUUCCAAAAAGGUUAUGCAACGCCUUAUAGAUCUCGGAGCCCUCCAACCUACUGGGGACUUGUCAUCAGUGAGGAGAUCUGUGCAGUUUUUCCUGGACCAUUUGCUAAGCCAGGCACCAGAUCAGGAGCAGACCCUUUCUGCAAUUGGGGAGGAUUUAUUUGCAAUAGCACAAGACCAACCAUUCCGUUUUCCAUCCACCUUUGCCUUUGUUCUCAGGGCGUUUUCAACACUUGAAGGCAUAGGUUACACACUGAAUCCAAAUUUCUCCUUUUCUAAGAUUGCUGCACCCUACGCACAGGAGCUUUUAGAGAUAAGGCAAAAGCAGCGCACUGCACCACAGCUUGUGGAGGAGAUAAGAAAGCAAGCAGAUGAUGCUACAACCUAUACCAUGUCAAUGCCAUACAGAGUUCAAAGAAUAGAAGAGUUUACAAAGCAACUUGAGGCAGGGGAUCUAAAACUUCGGGUCCGAGUGCUUGAGUCUGAAAGAGCUGCUCGGAAAGCAACGGGUUUACAAAUGGCAACUAUGUAUACCGUAUUAGGAGGAACUCUGCUAAAUCUUGGUAUCACUAUGAGCAGCCAAGGCAACAUAACUAUUGCGAAUGGAUCUUUCAUUGGUGCAGGUAUUUUUAUGACACUAUUUGUCAGAUCCAUGCAAAGGGUAAAAAUGCUUGAUAAGUUUGAGAAAAUGAUAUAAAUGGUUACCAACAAAUUCGAUUCUUUCAAACUUAUGUAAAGUUAUCCUCAUCUUCAUUUUCUUACUUGUAAUUUGUAAAUGUUCAAUUUUUUAAAUUACACAAGCAUAGCAAAUUUCACGAAUUUUACAGAAACAUGAUUUGAUGAUGACACUACAAGGCAUUUUAUGACUUCAAGACAAAGAGAAAAUCACAGUUUUCUAAGUGAGAAA